CUGUAAGUGUUCAAGGCCAAGCUCGAUGGGGCCAUGAGCAACGUGUUCUAGUGGGAAGUGUCCCUGCCCAUGGCAGGGAUUGGAACUAGAUGGUCUCUAAGGUCCAUUCCAAACCAUUCCAUGACCAGCACAAGCAUGGUCCCAGCUGUUGUGGAUGUCUGGCUGGUGGGUGCCUAUACUGCCUGCUGCUUUGCCUUGUGAACAGCUGGUCUGAAGCAGUUGCUUUGAAACCACUCCUAUCUCUGCUGACAAUCACUGAGAAAUCAUCAUUUGGCUUCCAAGUCUUCUAACCAACUUGUAUUCAGUAUAAUUUACCCACUAUUCAUAUUACUCUGAGCUAAGUCAGCCAACUGAUUAUAAUUGUAAAGUAAGAAUAUGUGCCUUGAGACUUUUAAAAUGUUUCAGACUGUACAUACCUUGUUUUUAGUUUUUAAAAACAAAUAUUCUUCAUACGUAGCUUUCUAAGCACCUUUUCUAAGGUAUGGUGCCACCGACACCUCCAUUAGAUGAUGGACCCACCACCACACUAAGCUGGAGUUUCUCCCUCAGCAUGCUUUCUUCUGCCAAACAAUGGGUGAACCUGCCUUGGUACCCACAGCCUCUGCCAAAUAUUAAGACAAUGAAUGCAUCCACUGCUUCUUCAGCAUAUUCCACCAUGUGGGAAAAGGCCACUGUGAGAAAAGGACAGAUGAUUCUGUGUCUGAGUAUGCGCUUCUCCUUGCAAUGAGCUUUUGGAAUGGAGGCACAGAAGUUGUCAAGAAUGUUCCUACAGAAAGUGUUCUGACAGCUGCCAAAGUACAGGAACUUUUUUUUAGACAGUUAUUUUUAUUUGUGUGUGUGGAAGAAACUGCAGGCUUUCCACAAGCAGCACACCUUAGCACCGCACCACGCAGAACUCUGCAAUAUUUAAGCAGAGCCGCCUGGUCUAGGCCGCUGAGGGGAGGUGCGGCGGCAGCUGCCCUGUGACGUCACCGUCGGGCGCGGGGCGGGCGCUGCAGCGCAGACCGGAGGAGUCGGUAGCGGGGCCUGCGCCCAUCUGUCUUCCUGUGCCAUGGUUCGCUUCGGGCUGACCGUCGUCCGCCAGUGAGUACCGCCGGUGCACCGUGCUCCCUCGCCGCUUCCGCCAUGGGAGCGAGCAAUCGCUCUUGCCCUUCUUUUGCCUUGGUCUGUCUUCCCGACGUACCCAUCCGCCCCUGGUGCCAGCACGCACCGUGACGUUAACGGAGUUCCGCCCCCCUCCCCACGGGCGGUCCGUUUCCUGUGCCGGGGCUCCGACCGUGGAGUGGUGGUUGAGGAUGUUAUCUCACCAUGGGGCAGUGUGGCCCAGUACCGCAUCGCGACAGUGGAGAAACAAGAUACAACAAAGACAAGAUACUGCAAGGACAAGGAAUAGAUGAGCCUCUCUCCCCAACUGGUUUCAAACAAGCAGAUGCUGCUGGUUUAUUUCUCAGUAACGUAAAGUUUACUCAUGUCUUCUCAAGUGACCUCCUUCGAGCAAAGCAGAAAUAUGGUGUUGCAGAAGGAAGGCCUUUGACUGACCUCAAGGCUAUGGCAAAGGCUGCUGGAGAGCAAUGUCCUGCAUUCACACCUUCUGGAGGAGAAACUCUGGAUGAAGUAAGAGAACGUGCAAGGGAUUUUUUUGAAUUUCUGUGUCAGCUAGCUGUUGAAGCGGAACAGAAAGAGGAAGAGAUGCAUGAGGCAGCAAGCAGAAGCUCAGGAACAUAUGAAGACGAGUCAGUUUUCCCUUGGACAGAUCACUGCAGUGUACAUGAACUUAGCUCUGAUAAGGAUGGAGCUUCUAAAUUGUUACUAGAUGCCAAUAUCUUAGUGGUGAGUCAUGGAGCCUACAUGAGGAACUGGAUUGGUUAUUUUGUUUCAGAUCUCAAGUGUACUUUGCCAACCAAUUUAGCAAAGACUCAACUGUCUUCUGUUAGUCCCAAUACAGGAGUUAGUCACUUUAUAAUAAAACUUGAAAACAGGACUAUGUUAAAACCUGAAAUCAUAUGUGUUUGUCUUAAUCAAGAUUCUCACUUGGUGGAUGUUGAAGCUGAAUGUGUAGCUCCAAAAAUGUUUUAAGAGUUUUUAUAGUGGGAAGUAGUUCUCAAUUAUAAUAUAAACUUGGGAAAAGGUAUCUGUAGUAAUUAAUGAGAUUGACUGGAGUUAUUGACACUAAAAUGCAAAAUGGAAGACAUGCCUACCAUCUUAAGCUAACAUAUGGUGCGCAUGGUCCUAGUACCUGUAUAAGUUGGCACUGGAGAGAUAACAUUUAAUGUUCUUUAUGAACAGAAACAUAAUACUUCCAGUCGCUUGCGUGUCUGCUCUCACAGUGCAUGCUUUUAAAAACUGCUUUUUAUUUGCCCAUAAUUAUUUUGGUUAUCUCCAAGAGAAAGAAUUAGGGGUGGAGGAGAGGAAUGGUACCUAAAAUAUGAGCUAUACUGUAUUUUUGUUUUAUUACAAAAUGCUAUAUUGCAAUAUUAAUAUAUAUGUUGUUUUAAAAUAACUUUUUUGACUGCAGUAGUAAAAAUGGGGGAUUGCCUAGUGGAACAAGUUUGGCACAGAGCCAAGUGAUGUGUUCUUGACUCUGAUACUAAGUAACUGUGAAACUCUGGGCAAAUCUCUUUUCCAUUUGUAAAAUGGGGAUGAUGGUAUACCUACCUCGCAGGAGAUUUUGGUAAGAAGUUGUUAGUGUUGUUGAGACCUCUCUUGAAGAGCACUGUACACAACAUAAAAUAUUUAUUUUUAAUUGUAAGCAGAAUGAGCACAUAACUGGAACACUGAUCUGUAUUUUGAAAAGUAACUAUCAAUAUUGUAAAUUGUACCUGACUGGAAUCCUGUUGUCAGUUGCACUCAUAUUCUUAAUGGAUGAGUAUUUUUGCCUAGAAUUAGGCAAGCUUGAUUGCUUGAUGAUUGAUUGCUUAUAGCUGCUAUUAGUGCUGCAUUCCUUCCCCACUGCGUUGUCUGUAGUGUUACUAUGUAAGGUUAUCUGACUUAUUUAUAAUCUCCACGUACCUUUUCAUCAUUUGCAUAUUUUAAGCUUUAAUAAUAAAGGCUCCUGAAUAGAACUCCAUUUCCUUUGAGAUCAUAAUUCUUGUUAAUAAUACUCCAUGAAGCCUUGCCCAGAUAAUACAGCUUCUGAUUUUUGUUUUUUGUUGUUGUUUUUUUUCUGGGAAACUCCAGGCUAUUCUUCAGUAAUUAAAUGUUACGCUUUUUUACUCAUGAAGGGCUGAUGGAUCAGUGCUAUUCUAAUUCUUAUACACAAAAAAACCAACACGCUAAUGUUAAAAUAACAAGAAUAAACUGCUAGCAAUUACAUGAAA